AAGUGGAGAGUGUGAUGAACAGCAUAGUGUCGCUGCUACUCAUCCUGGAGGCGGAGAAACAGGAGGCCCUGAUCGAGAGUCUUUGUGAGAAGCUGGUCAAGUCCCGAGAGGGAGAGAGGCCUUCCCUGAGGAUGCAGCUGCUGAGUAACCUGUUCCAUGGCAUGGAUGAGACAGCCCCAGUGAGGUACACAGUCUACUGCAACCUCAUCAAGGUAGCAACCACCUGCAACGCAAUCGCUUUCAUCCCCACGGACCUCGACCAGGUGCGUAAGUGGAUCACAGACUGGAACCUGAACACAGAGAAGAAACACACACUGCUAAGGCUGGUGUACGAGGCCCUGGUCGAAUGUAAGAAGAGCGAUGCUGCAGCUAAGGUGAUGGUGGAGCUGCUGGGGAGUUACACAGAGGACAACGCCUCACAAGCACGUGUUGAUGCCCACAGAUGCAUCGUGCGAGCCCUGAAAGACCCCAACACCUUCCUGUUGGACCACCUCCUGGCCCUCAAACCUGUCCGCUUCCUAGAGGGAGAACUCAUCCAUGAUCUCCUGACCAUCUUUGUGAGUGCAAAGCUAGCUGCCUACGUGAAGUUUUACCAGAGCAACAAAGACUUUAUCGAUUCCCUCGGUCUCAACCAUGAGCAGAACAUGGCUAAGAUGCGUCUGCUGACGUUCAUGGGCAUGGCGGUGGAGUUUAAAGACAUCUCCUUUGACACCAUGCAGCAGGAGCUGCAGAUAGAAGAAGACCAAGUAGAAGCCUUCGUCAUCGACGCCGUUCGGACUAAGAUGGUGUACUGCAAAAUUGACCAGACACAGCGAAAAGUUGUUGUGAGCCACAGCACACACCGCACCUUCGGCAAGCAGCAGUGGCAGCAGCUCUACGACAGUCUCAGCUCCUGGAAGGGCAAUCUGGCAACCGUGAAGACCAGCCUCCAGACCCUGUCCCCCUCUGCCUAAGAUCUCCAUCUCCAAAACCCUCUUUAAAAUACUUCCCUCUAUUAUCGAACUCUGGUUGAAUCUUCUGUCACCAUUUUUAUAUUCACCCAAUAAAAGACUAAUUGAGAUCUUC